CACAUCAUUCCUCCUUCAGCAGGGUCACCAGUCUUUGUCAAAAUGGCUCAACUCCUGAACAGCAUCAUCAAUGUGAUCAAAGUGUUCCAGCAACAUGCUGAAGAAGAUGGAGAUUGUACCUCACUCUGCAAAAAGGAGUUGAAGCAGUUGCUUUUGACUGAGUUUGGAGACAUCCUCCGGAGGCCAAAUGACCCAGAGACUGUGGAAACCAUCCUGACCCUCUUGGAUAAAGACAGAAACGAUCGUGUUGAUUUUCAUGAAUAUCUCCUGUUGGUAUUCCAGUUGGCCAAAGCCUGCUUUCAUAAAUUGGAUGAUAGUUCAUAUAGAAAUAGAACCUCUCAGCAAGAAAGGGAACAGGAGGAAACACAACACCAUAAGUUUCCAGGAAGUACAAGUAGACCACACACACAGAGGCAUGAAGAAGGAAGUCAGGACUGUCGCCAUGGUGAGUCUGGGAGGCAAGGUAGGGAUUCUCACCAUGGUCAGUCUGAGCGACAAGGCAGGGAUUCUCACCACAGUCACUCUGAGAGACAAGGUAGGGAUUCUCAUCAUGGUCAGUCUGAGAGACACGAUAGGGACUCUCAAUAUGGUCAGUCUGAGAGACAAGGUAGGGAUUCUCACCAUGGUCAAUCUGAGAGACAAGGUAGGGACUCCCACUGUGGUGAGUCUGAGAGACACGACAGGGAUUCUCACCAUGGUCAGUCUGAGAGACAAGGCAGAGACUCCCAUUGUGGUGAGUCUGAGAGACAUGGCAGGGAUUCUCACCAUGGUCAGUCUGAGAGACAAGGCAGAGACUCCCAUUGUGGUGAGUCUGAGAGAUAUGGCAGAAAUUCUCACCAUGGUCAGUCUGAGAGACAAGACAGAGACUCCCACUGUGGUGAGUCUGAAAGAGAAGAUAGUGACUCCAGUUCUGGUCAAAGGUUGAAUCAGAACUCUAGCAGUGGCCAGCCUAAAAGACAUGGAUAUAUCCUUGCUUUGGAUCAGUAUGAAAGUCAAGUUCAGGGUCAAUAUGGGCAGUCUGAAAGACUCAGACAACAAUCAAGCUGUGGUCAGUAUGGAAAAUUUGGAGAGCACUCUUGCUCUAGUCAUAUAAACCAACAGGAAACCAGCUCUUAUUCUGGACAGACUGGGAGACUGGGUCAGGAAUCAAGAUAUCAUAGACAAGGUCAGAGUUCCCUCUGUGGUCAAACAGACAGACAAGGCUUAGGAUCUCAGUGUAGUCAGUCAGGCAGACAAGAACAGAGUUACCACCAUGGUCAUACAGAAAGACAAGGCCUGGGAUCUCAGUGCAGUCAAACAGACAAGCAAGGCCAGAAUUUCCACUGUGGCCAGACAGACAGACAAAGCCUAGGAUAUCGAUAUGGACAGAGAGACAGUCAAGGUCAGAAUUUUCACUAUGGUCAGACAGACAGACAAGAUCAGAGUUAUUACUAUGGUCAAACAGACAGACAAGGCAUUAGUUCUCCAUAUGACCAGACAGAUAGACAAGGCCAGAGCUCUCGUUAUGGUCAGACAGAUAGGCAAGGACUGACCUCUCCAUAUAAUCGGACCAACAGACAGGCACAGAGUUAUCGUUAUGAUCAGACUGACAAACAAGACCAAAGUUAUUAUGAUCAAGCAGACAGGCAAGGUCAAAGUUAUAAUGGUCAGACAAAUAGACAAGACCAGAAUUAUCACCAGGGUCAAACUGACAGACAAGGCCUGAGCUCUCAAUAUGGUCAAUCAGUUACUGGAGGAACUGGACAAAAUAGGUACUUCCAAGGGAAUGAGGGAACAAGCAGAUACUCGUAUUUUGAGGAAUCGGGAAGAUCAAGGAGACCAAGUGGACAGACUCAAGGACAGAGAUUCCAGUCUAGGGAAGGUCGGCAGAAUAGUCAGCAGACUUGGGAGCUUGAGGAGCCUAGCCAACACAAAUUCAUGGCUGAAAUUCUACAAGAAAGACCACUCUAUCAUAGUACAGAGCAGGGACAAAGACAGGCGCAGACCAGGCAGAACUAUGGUGAAAGGCAAAAUCACCAGGUAGAACAGCACAGCCAUCAAAGGAGGGAUAGACAUAGUCAUGAGAGACAAGGAAGUCCAUGUGAGGUGCAGGACAGGCAAACCCAUGGACAGAGACAGAGCUGCCAGACAAGGGGCAGGCAAACCCAUGAGGAGGGACAGAGCUGCCAGACAAGGGGCAGACAAACCCAUGAGGAGGGACAGAGCUGUCAGACAAGGGGCAGGCAAACCCAUGAAGAAGGGCAGAGCUGCCAGACAAGGAGCAGGCAAACCCAUGAGGAGGGACAGAGCUGCCAGACAAGGGGCAGGCAAACCCAUGAGGAGGGACAGAGCUGCCAGACAAGGGGCAGGCAAACCCAUGAGGAGGGACAGAGCUGCCAGACAAGGGGCAGGCAAACCCAUGAGGAGGGACAGAGCUGCCAGACCAGGGGCAGGCAAACCCAUGAGGAGGGACAGAGCUGCCAGACCAGGGGCAGGCAAACCCAUGAGGAGGGACAGAGCUGUCAGACCAGGGGCAGGCAAACCCAUGAGGAGGGACAGAGCUGUCAGACCAGGGGCAGGCAAACCCUUGAGGAGGGACAGAGCUGCCAGACAAGGGGCAGGCAAACCCAUGAAGAGGGACAGAUCUGUCAGAUAAGGGGCAGGCAAACCCAUGAAGAGGGACAGAGCUGUCAGACAAGGGGCAGGCAAACUCAUGAAGAGGGACAGAGCUGCCAGACAAGGGGCAGGCAAACCCAUGAGGAGGGACAGAGCUGCCAGACCAGGGGCAGACAAACCCAUGAAGAAGGGCAGAGCUGUCAGACCAGGGGCAGGCAAACCCAUGAAGAAGGACAGAGCUGUCAGACCAGGGGCAGGCAAACCCAUGAAGAAGGGCAGAGCUGUCAGACCAGGGGCAGACAAACCCAUGAAGAGGGACAGAGCUGCCAGACAAGAGGCAGACAAAUCCAUGAGGAGGGACAGAGCUGCCAGACAAGGGGCAGGCAAGCCCAUGAAGAGGGACAGAGCUGUCAGACAAGAGGCAGACAAACCCAUGAAGAGGGACAGAGCUGCCAGACAAGGGGCAGGCAAACCCAUGAAGAGGGACAGAGCUGUCAGACAAGGGGCAGGCAAACUCAUGAAGAGGAACAGAAUCAUCAGAGAUGUGGCAGGCAAACCCAUGAGAUACAUCAAAAUUGUCAGCAACAACGGGGCAGGCAAAGCCAGGAGGAGAAAAACAGAUAUCAAAGAACCCAGCACCAACAAUCCCAUGGAACCCAGGGCAGCUGUUCUAACAGAGACAAAUUCCACAUGGAUGAGGAUGUCCAUAGCCACGUUUCACAGGGAAGACACAGUGACAUGACCUCCCAUUCACGCCAGAGUGGUGGGAAGCCCCGAGGAAGAGAACAGGGUGGGAGCCACCUUGGUAUUGGCCCCUGUCCACUCUAUGACUACGUGCAAGAGCAAAAAGCACACGGAUACUACUAGGCUGUGCACCAGAGCUGAAGCGGCACAAUGUCAUGGAAGAAAUUUACAAGUCAAGUUAUCCUUAUUUCUGUUUAAGAAGCUAAAACGUGUCUUCCUCUUCUCUAUUCUCUCUACCUACAAAGACGCUUUUAAGGAUUAGUAUUCACUCUUAGAGCAUUUAGUAGAAAUGGUUUGGUUUCUAGGAUGAUUUUCUUUGGUUUCUAGACUGGUUUCUAGGGUAAAUUGGGUGAGUAAUCAGAUCCCAAUUUUGAUUAAUUUGGGGAUUUUAUCAUUUCCUGGCUUUCCCACCAUUAGGUGGGAUAUGGUUAGAUCAUUGAAGGGUAGAAACUUCUCCAAAAAAUUUAGGAACAGAAAAGUUACUCUGAAGAUAAACACUGCAGACCGAAGUCAAGACACCGGGACUUUUGUGAACUUUGGCUUCUGUGGGAAAAAAAAAUCAAGAAAUACAAAUCUCAUGUUCUACACUAAAACAAAUGACAGAAAGAAAUUUUUAGAAGAAGCAGAGACUGCAGAUGACUCUGACGUUCACAACAGUUCUGUGUUUAGUCUCCUCCUCGUCUUCAAAGAAACAGUAUUCUGAGUUCCUAUUACUAAACUGAGCAGCAAAUUCAAGAUCAAUAACUUUAAUAGUUUCUGACCAUAAAAUAACAGGAAAAAGAAAACUAUCAUCUAUUUUGCAUAUUUUAAGAAACAAAAUGCAUUA